GGUCAUGUGACUUCGGAAAGAUGGCUGCCCUGACAGCGGAGCAUUUUGCAGCGCUUCAGAGCCUGCUCAAGGCCUCCUCAAAAGAUGUUGUCAGACAGCUAUGUCAAGAAAGCUUUUCCAGUUCAGCCCUUGGCUCAAAAAAACUCUUGGAUAUUACAUGUUCCAGCUUGUCUGUGACCCAGGAGGAGGCAGAGGAACUGCUCCAGGCUCUCCACCGCCUCACUAGGCUGGUGGCAUUCCGUGACUUGUCUUCUGCCGAGGUGAUUCUGGCUCUCUUUCCAGAAAAUUUCCACCAAAACCUCAAAAACCUACUGACAAAGAUCAUCCUAGAACAUGUGUCUACUUGGAGAACCGAAGCCCAGGCAAAUCAGAUCUCUCUGCCACGCCUGGUGGAUCUGGACUGGAGAGUGGAUAUCAAAACCUCCUCAGACAGCAUCAGCCGCAUGGCCGUCCCCACCUGCCUACUCCAGAUGAAGAUCCAGGAAGAUCCCAGCCUAUGCGGAGACAAACCCUCCAUCUCAGCUGUCACCGUGGAGCUGAGCAAAGAAACACUGGAUACCAUGUUAGAUGGCCUGGGCCGCAUCCGAGACCAGCUCUCUGCCGUGGCCAGUAAAUGAUCCAGCCAGCUGCCAGUGCCACUGCCAUGACCCAGCUGCUCGUAAGCAACAGAAGUCUCCCACAUGCAGGAUGCCCUUGCAGCUGCAGCUGAUAACAGGCAGGAUGGUGAGGACAACAGGAGGCUAUUGCCAUCCAGAAGUUACAGUUGGAUUGGGAGGAAGGAGCCAGACCCCCUGCUGUUCUCCUCGUUCAUCUUUCUCUUUUGAAGCUGGAGAGCAGAAGCUCCCGUCUUUGAAAAGCUCCUGAGUACAACUUCAUUACCACCAUGGCCAAGUGUGGGAACAUUUGCAUCCUCAGUUGCCUCUGUAUAUAGCUAUUUGGGAAAUUCAGGCCCAAAUCAUGCAGCGUAUCCAAUAAGUUUAUUUCCAACAUUAGCUCUAAUUAGUUCAUUUGCAAUCCCAGAAUACAUGGAGGGUAUCAGGCAGGUGAUGCCACCGGUUCCCCCUCUCUGUCAGAGCUCUAAGCCAGGAAGAACCCACAGAGCAUGGUCCAUCCAGAGUGUCCCCUGAGCUCCCUCCACCCCACGGGACCCCCUCUUUAGUGUAGGAAGUCUGAAAUGGGUGCUAAUUCCCUUCUUCAUGAAACCGGGGCCCUCUUUCUUCAUAUAAUGCAGCCACUCUUGGGGGAAGAAGUGGGAAAAAUUGGAAAUAAACAGUAGUUCUAAAACUUCCAUGAUUUUUGUAGCUUCUUUUGUACCCAAGUUGUGGCCUUUGGCAAGUACUUUCUCUAGGUUUUAAAGAUGAUCCCAACUUCCUAAUUCCCAGCUAAGCCCUUGACCCAUGGCAUGACAUAAAAUCAGGCAAAUGAAUCUCACCACCUUCCGUGUUUUUACCCGUUAUGUAGAACAAAAGGAAGCAAGGCUGACCACAGUAUGUGCUUGUUACGAGAGCUAUGAUGAAGGCGCUCCUUCCAGUUUAACCAAAUGAGAUCAUCUCUGUCAUGUGUCUGGUGCCUCAUAGGGACUCCAUGUGUGAAGGUUCCCCCUUCACUCUCCAGAUCAUCCCCAUGGCAACAGCUUGCAGCCUGCUCUUUGCUUUGUUUUGGUGGCUUCUCUGCUAGUUUGUGUAUGGAGUAAAUGGAGGAGGUAAAUCCUCAGAUUAAGAAUAUGCUCUCCGAAGUCAGACCCCCAAGGUCAGAAGCUAGCUGUGCUUCUCAGUGGUAAGAUGCUUGACCUCUAAAUCUCAAUUUUCACCAACUUUGUACUUUUUUCCUAAAUUAAAUGGGUAUAAUGAUAGGAACUACUUGGUAGAACUUUUGUGAAAAUUAAACAAUAUACCUAAAAAUACUUUGUACUGUUAUAACUAAUAGGCUUUGAUUAUUAAUGGAUGAGACUAGAAAGCUCAGUACAUUUAUUGUCUCAUCUACUAUAACAGGGUUGGUAUGAGAAUCAAUAUUAUCCUCCCUUUAUUGACCAGGAAACCAGCUCAUUGAGAUUGAGUCAUCUGCUGGUAAAUGGCCUCAUUAAGAGGUGGACCCAUAUUUCUCUAGUGUUCUCUUCACAACACAGAACUCUGCAAGGAACAUGAAAUUCUGUGACUAGUGCCAUUUGGAAAAGGUUGAAACUGAAGUUAAGAGAUCUUACCUCUGCCUACCCAGUGAGAUACUAGGAAGAUCAAGAGAAAAAAAUUCCAUGCUCCUCUUUAUUGGCUAUAGGAAAUGAACAUUCAAUUUUUUUACAUGCAAUGACAAGAGGUCAUGGACCCCAGAAGCCCUCCCACUACUUCCAAGUUGAGAGCCCCUGGUGGUACCCUCCACUUGAGCUCAGCCUUGUCACGAAUUUAUCCCUCUCCUUUCCUUUCAUUCCCUGUGACCUGCAGAGAGAGAUCUCAGAUCCCUGUUCUCUUGGCCUCCCAUGGGCCUCCAUAAGAAACUCUCUUGAAGCAAGAAGCCCAGUAUAGGUGUCUGGGCAGUUGGAUGUUUCCUUUAGCCAGAGCUGUCUGUCUGAACAGAGUCACCUGGAUACAUGAUGCAGAGGGCAUUUGAUAAAUAACUGGAAAGUCAAUAAAUAUUUGCUACCCUU